AUGCGAAAAGCGGAACUGUUCUCUUUUAUAGACAAUAAUCGUCCAAAGAAAAUUGUCUAUAAAAUUGAUAAUUUAAUAGAGAAAGAAGGACAUGAAGUUAUCCGACUAUCCCCUUAUCAUUGCGAUUUGAACGCAAUCGAAUUUGUGUGGUCCUCUGUAAAAAGAAUAAUAAAGGAACGAAAUGUUACUGGCGAUUUAAGUUUGGACAAUCUGAAAUCUCUUCUUCAAACAGCUAUCACUGAAGUUACUUCGGCAGAAUGGGCAGCGCAUUGCAAACACGUAGAAAAGCUUGAAAAUAAUUAUUGGGAGAAAGAUGAACUGUUAGAAGAUUUAGUGGACGAACUGUCAUUUCAAAUUUAUACCAAUGAUGAUUCUGAUUCAGAAGAAACCGAAACUUGUGAGAGUGAUUUAGAGGAUUUUGAAAUGCUUGAAUGA